AUGCCCAAGAAGAUCAAAACCACCGCACCACCAGGCUCAUCCAAGGGAAUAACCGUCUAUCUAAAGUCUGCCCGUAACCCCGUGAUGGAUAUCAAACUCGGGAACGUGGCUCUAGCUACUGCAACAGUACAAGAAUUAAAGGAAGCCGUUCAUCAAAGAAUACGACCAACCAAUUUGACGGAUGCCGACCAAAGAGUCCCAUUAGAUAAAAUAAAACUGCUAUGGAAGCGCAAGCCUGUUCAGGGGACAUCCAUCGCAGAUAUCUUAGCGAACGAAUCUGAUAUAGUUAGUGGGAAGAGCCAUGCCGAGUUUAGUGUUAUGAUCUUGGGCGGUGCAACUGUUAUCCCUGAGGAGGAGCUGAAGGCAGCCGCUGCUACCUCGAAAUCCACUCAGCCUAUUGUACCAGGCACACAGGAGGAUACGGAGAUGAAGGAUGUAGAAGAUGUGAAAGAAAGCAUACCAGACGCUGGAUCGCAGCCUUCGAAGGCUGGUGCCCUGGAGACCCCUCAGUUUUGGGAGGAACUUGAAGUAUUCUUACAAGAGAAAACGGGUGAUAAAAGCGAAGCCGCAAGGCUGGGAGCCAUGUUUAAAACUGCAUGGCAGUCUAGCUUAUAG